AUGCCGCCCUACCGUAGAGCUAUCGCGACCGUUUGCUUUUUUGCCCCUCUCCUCUACAUAUACUGGCGGACAUUCCUGGUCACUGACAAGCCGAGGAGCUUUAGAAGUUGGAACCUGGUCGAGAAAGAGGAUGUGUUUAAUGAUACGCUAGGUUUCUCAAAAAUCUUCGUUAUUAACCUGCCGUCGCGGAAAGAUCGCCGACAUGCUAUGGCUUUAGCAGGUGCCGUCAGCAACCUCACUUUCACUUGGAUUGACGGCGUAUCGGGCAGCCAGGUUUCGGGCCGUGAUGUGCCUCUUCGUAGAGGAAUACACUCGUCAUCCGGGGCGAAAGGGUCCUGGAGGUCGCAUAUGAAUGCGCUUCAAUCAAUUAUAAGGGAGAAUCUAACAAGUGCGCUCAUUUUAGAGGACGAUAUAGACUGGGAUGUACGUCUAAAGUCGCAACUUCGGACUUUCGCUUUGGCCUCGAGGACUUGGUUAAAAGAGUCUAAGUCUGGUAAACAUAGAACUGAGUUGCUCAACUUUGCUCCGUCCUCGAUGCUAGGGAGAAGGGGUAAAGCAGCAAUACACAAUUAUGAAUCAAACACAAUACAACUAUCCCCGGAGGCAGGCACUGAUAAUGGGACUCACCAAACCAUAUACGGGGAUGAUUGGGAUGUUUUAUGGCUGGGCCACUGCGGUGCUGAUUUCCCCCAUAGCCAAUCUCCCAUAUCACCACUGAGAAUCGAAAUCCCGAGGGACAAGACGGUCCCAGCCCCAAAACAUCUCAAGCCCCAUCCAUUUGCCCUAAACGACAAACUCGGCGAACUAUACCCGCCGCAUACCCGCGUCGUCCACGCGUCCAGCGGGAACGUCUGCACCCUAGCCUACGCCGUCAGUCACCAAGGAGCCCGCAAGCUUCUAUCGCAAUUCGAUGACCACUACGAUACCCAAUGGGACUUGAUGCUGCAGAAAUGGUGCGAGGGGAAGUAUACUGUCGAGAACAAAUCUCGUCUGAAUCCAAGGGUAAAAGAUAAUACCGGGGUUGCUCACGAGCGCGGAGAAUCCGCUCCCGUCUGCCUCACGGUACAACCACCCCUAUUCAGCCACCAUUACGCGAAAGGCGGCGCUUCCAAUAUCCAAGGCCAAGGCGGCGGCUACGCGAAGGGAACGGGCACGCCGUAUAUAAGGCUAAGCGUACGGCAGAACAUCGACCGCUUAGUUGCCGGCGCGCGGGAGGAUGAGAUGGUGGACCAGCUACCCGAUGACGGGGACACCAUAUGGGAGUAGAUGAAGUGAAUAUACAUUUCUAUCUACAGUUUAGGCCGAAUCGCCCCGAUAUACCCCACAAAGACAAGGAAAGAAUGUAAGAAGCAAAAAGAAAAAGAAAAAAAAAAACUCUAGAAGAAGAGGAAUAACUCAUAUCUCACGAAAUAUAUAUGCCCACACCUGGAAUCGAACCAGGGAUCUCCGCAUUACUAGUGCGACGCAGUACCAUUGUGCCAUGCGGGCCUCCAAUUUCCCUCUCGCCAUAGCGUCCCCAACGAACGACGCGAAAGAAGCCGCCGCCGGACACGCCUAUAUUUGAAAUCCAUCUACUAUCUAAAUUUACUCUCGCUCUGGCGUCGGACACGAGAGUGGAAAGAAAGAAUGACACCUUACCUUACCUAACUUACCUUAGUACGGUAAGCGCGUGCGAAAUUCUUAUGUAUUACCCUAAGCCAAUUAGCGACUCCCACCAUUUGAGCCUCUCCCCGGGUCUACAUAGAAAGGGCUGGCCAAUAAGAAGGGGGGUUUAGUCGUUGGAUGGCGCGUAUUGUGAAUCUACCUAGGAUAUGCUUGCUUCCGAGAGUUAACUACCUACCUAGGGAUUGUGUUGAAUGGC